AUGGACCUGUUCUUUCGUUCGUCUCUCUCUUUAGUUAAGGACUUGAAUACAGUGAUUUUAGAGAUAUCUAUAAAGACUACAAAGAAAAUCCUGAACAAUGGUCGACUAAAAGAGUGGGAUGAUAUUAUGCAAGAUUACUCCGUCAUUGCAAGGGGAUCCCACUCAUCAUUGUCGAUGAUGACGAGUCAAGAGAAUUUCCACGGUGCUAACCACGCCAGACUAGACAGUGCUUUACUGGCAAGAAGAAAGAAAGAAGGAGAAAGAGAAAGAAGAAAGAACGAUAUUAUCCGCAAAAUGGUUUUCUUUCUGUACGGAAUAGACUCGCAUGUGCUGCAUAUGGACGAGAUCACGAGAUCACCGCUGAAGCCUACGGCUUGGCAUCCAAAACUUGCACGACACGACUUUCUUCCAACUCCCGUAUCUGGACUAUCACAAAGCGCUUGA